AUGCCAUCGUCACUGGAACCCGCUUCGAACUGGGAUUUCACUCCGGUGUUCAAUCUGCUUCGCUCGCCUAGUUACGACGAUCGUGAGCAGUCUCGCCCAGUUCGCCACACCGCCGAAUAUACUCGGUCUUCUGCCAACGACUUUGCCCAUCAUGCUGCCAACAAACCAACCCUCGAAUCUCCGAGACUAGGUGACUUUGGCCCUCUAUGGGAUCUACUCGGCCACAGCGGCAGCGCCGCCAGUGUCAGCCCUGUUGGGCAAACCUCGACCUCUACAACUAGUCCACAGGUCGACCAGCUUCAACCUUGCAAGCCAAUUCAGAUCCUCCAGAGGCCUACAUCGACGGCACGUGCUCCUGGAAAUGCCGAGAAGCAACCUUCGCAGACUUCUCCCAUUGCCAUCCCCAAAAAUGUGUCCAAACCUCCAAGGGUGUUGAAGAAAGCUGUAGCGGAAAAGAGCACAGCUCACCUUAACAAUGAUUGCCAAUCAAAAAUCACUGCCGAGGUUAGCUCCUUGGAAAGUAGUACGGAGGUAGAAUCGGACAGCAACUCAAGUGUUGUGUUUGAUCCGCCUGUAUUGAAGAAACAAACUGCAUUAUCCUUCAUUCCAGCGCAGUUGUGUACUCCGGAUCUCAGAUCCGAUCCGUGUGACACUCCGCCAUCCUCUGUCGAUGAAUCGGAGGGAUUCUUAACAGCCAAAACUGUCAAGAGUGUCAAGGGCUUGGCCGCCAGUCCUUUACGCGUGCAGCCCACCGCAUACAAGUCAACUACUGAGAGAAGGGUUGGUCUUCUGACAAAGCUCCUAAAGAAAUUCCCCGAGUAUGCGGAGACCGUGGCUCAAGUUGGCCGGUCUCCAAGCACUAAGGCGAAAAACCAAGGCUCUCGGCCUAUCCAUGUUUUCGUUGAUAUGUCCAAUAUCAUGGUUGGUUUUCAUGAUUCUGUCAAAGCAGUCCGGAACAUACCGGUGAAGUCACGCAUCCCACGUCUGCCUCUCUCGUUUCAAAAUUUUUCAUUGAUUCUUGAGCGUGGUCGGCCAGCUGCCAAACGAGUAUUGGUGGGCUCCGACCGAUUCGCAGCGAUUGACGAGAGUCAAACGCUCGGCUAUGAGGCAAACAUCUUGGAACGGGUCCACAAGGUGAAAUACCCUACCCGUCGUCAAUUGAAAUAUCGGAAGAAUCCGCAAGUGGGCGCUCAAGAACGAGGCAGUGGUUCUGAAACGAACGAUAUGCCCGAAGAGCGAUGGGUCGAGCAGGGAGUGGACGAAAUUCUACACCUGAAGAUCCUGGAGAGCCUACUGGAUACCGAUGACUCGGCCACCAUCGUCCUGGCCACCGGUGAUGCAGCGGAAGCUGAAUAUUCAGGGGGCUUCAUGAAGAUGGUGGAGCGAGCACUGCAGCGCGGAUGGAAUGUUGAGCUCGUGAGUUUCUCGCAGGGUACGAGUUUCGCCUAUCGUCAGAAGGAAUUUCGUGCGAAAUGGGGGAAACAGUUUCGGAUCAUUGCCCUGGAUGAGUAUGUUGAAGAGCUUCUAGAUAUGUGA